AUGAUUGUGAGCACAGACUAUGUCUAUGAAUCAGGUAAAGGAACAGCAAUGUUUUCUAAAAAUGGAAGACUGACUAGCUUUCAACACAAGGUCUUCACAGAUCCAGUAGAAGGCUACAAGAAAUCAACGAGAAAAGAAGAGGAGAUAUCGAUACCUGAUGAACUAGUAGGCAAGAAUGAAUACCUGCCCAUGAUACUAUAAUAAGCAAAUAAAUAAAAUUACCUUGAGAGAUUAAAAACUCAAAAUAAGGUAAUACAGCAAUAAUAAACAUUGAUGAAUGGAACUGACAGAGGAGAGAUGAAUAAAUCUGAACUCAAUCAGGAGAAUCAAGAAGAGAAUGAACUGGGAAGCAGAAAUAAGAGAUCUAACUAUAGUCCUGUUGGAGGUAGUUACAGCUUUAAGGCGAUUUCCAGAAAUAGAUCAGUGAUUGCUGAUAGAUAUUAUGGGACAACUGAUAAUCCUGAUCCUGCUCAUUAUAGACCAAAUAAUCAGCCACUGGAAAGAAAGGAAAUGACUUUAAAGUUCAAAUACUCAGAGGAACACAAAGCAAGGCAAAAGUUAGAGAGAAUUCCAGAAUGCGUUCAAGCAAACAUGGCUUGCACACUUGACAUCAGGAAAGCUGUAAGACUAGGCUAAAAAGGCACCAUUACCUUGAAACCAAUACAAGAGGAUGAAAUGUAAAUGACCAGAGAGGAAGUUCAAAAUCAAAAGAAAGGCUACUACUCCAAUUAAAUGGGCAAAUUAAACAUACCCUUCGAUAAAGUUAAAGACAGAACUCCAAAUGUGAUGCUAUGCAAUCCUAUUCCGCAUGACAUGAGAUUUGAAGUUCCGAAGUAUGACCUUGGAAUUCUUUCAUAGAAUUAGAAGACUGAUUAUCCCACAUUAGACAAAGUAUCUCCCAGAGGAGAGCUAUUUAAACCAAAAGAAAGGCUGCUAUAAUAUGACGUGAAUCUCGACAUGACUUAGCAAAACAGUAAGAAGGGUGUGCUAGAAUUUUAGAAGAUUACUAAAAGGAAGCCAAAUGAUAACAGCAAGCCCUAUCAAACUCCAGAUGGAUAUGAUCAUUAAUCUUUGGAAAGAGCUUACUAGCAAACAAGCGAUUACAAAAGACCACUAGGAGUUGUGCCUAUUGAUAAAACUUAUCCAAGAGAUGACUCAAUGUAUAAGUACUCUGAAGAGGCCUUGAAGAUUAUGAAAAAGAAAAAUUUGAAGAAGGAUUUUUCGUUUAUCUCUUAUCUACCUCACAGUGUAAUGAAAAGUGAUCACACCAGCAGAAAUUCAUUAGCUUCUACUGCUCAUUCUUUACUAUAAAUGAGAAGCCAAACAAGAACAAGGAGAGAUUCAAAUAACGGGGGUACUCGGAAUAACUCUGACCUUAGACAGCUAAAUCUCUCUAAUAUAGAAAGACUGGAUGGUUCUUUCUUAUGUAUGGAUGAGAAAAAGAAGAGAAUAGUGGAUUUAAGUAGGAUUAACAUCACCUCCAGAGAAUUCAUAACUGGUGAAAGAAGUAAUACAUCAUUUCUUAAGGAUAAUAAGUUUCUAUGA